AUGUCAAUCGGCAAGCUGCGAAGUCUCUUCCGUUCAUUCAAAGCCCAAGCUACUCCAUCCACGUCCCACGGUCUGAUCCGUUCCUCUGCACCCAUGGCUGCCGUCGCUCUGGCCGUGGCCUCCUACACAUCCUCCAUCACAAAGCUGCCGGAGUCCACCGACACACCCGAAGAUGCUCGCGCCAAGCCUCACCAUGUCACGAAGAACGGAUCCAUUGUGCACUUUAAAAACCCCCACCCUUCAUAUCAAAAGUUGAACCCUGUUAGAGACAUCGUCUGGCCGACACUCAAGGGCGAUCUCAAAACCCCGGACACGUCUCCGCCUACUGUGAAUGUUGUGCCGCCCAAAUUCUUGCCAACACGGCACGCUUCAGACAAGCUGCGCGCGACGUGGCUAGGCCAUGCCUGUUACUACGUCGAGUUUCCAUCCGGCCUCCGCGUCCUUUUUGAUCCCGUUUUUGAGGAUCGAUGCUCGCCCUUCUCCUUCCUCGGCCCCAAACGCUUUACCCCAAAGCCUUGCGAGCUCAGCGAUAUCCCCUUCGUCGAUGCUGUUGUCAUCAGCCACAGCCACUACGACCACCUGUCGCACACGUCGGUUCUUGAGCUGCAGAAGCACAACCCCAAAGCUCACUUCUUUGUCGGCCUCGGCUUGGAGUCCUGGUUCAAGUCAGCUGGCCUCAAGAACGUCACCGAGCUCGACUGGUGGGACAGUGCUGACCUGACCCUGACCCUUGACAAGACCAACGAGAAGACGGACAGCCCCGAGACCAUCAGCGCCACCAUCUCCUGCCUCCCCUGCCAGCACACCUCGGCUCGCACCCUCUGGGACACGGACACGACUCUCUGGUGCUCUUGGGCCGUCAAGACUGGCGGUCGCUCUGUUUGGUUCGGCGGCGACACGGGCUACCGCAUGGUGCCCCGGGACGGCAUGGACCUCGACAGCCCUGAGUUCAAGGCUCUGCCCACCUGCCCUCAGUUCAAACAGAUCGGUCAGCACCGAGGUCCGUUUGACCUUGGCCUGAUUCCCAUUGGCGCGUACUACCCGCGCGUCGCCUUCUCGAGCAUGCACGCGAAUCCCUACGACUCUGUUGAGAUCUUCCGCGACACACGUUGCCAGCGCGCCAUGGGCAUCCACUGGGGCACCUGGGCUCUGACCAUGGAGGAAGUCCUCGAACCGCCCAAAUUGCUGCAGAAGGCUAUGGAGUGGCAGGGUCUUCCCGCCAAGGGUGUGUUCGAUGUAUGUGAUAUUGGAGAGAGCCGGGAGUUCUGA